AUAAUUAAAUCAAAAUAAUUAUAAUUGACCAAAAUAACAAUAAAUAACAUCGAUGUUGUUGCGUUUGACAUUGACAGUUGACGUUUGUUUUGACAGUUGUGACAUUUGCAGCAGCCCCAUUGCUCGCAAUUUACGCAAAAUUACGCAAUCCCAUCAUGCCUCCACGGAAGGGUCGUGUCAAAAAAGAGGGCCCCGAUUCCGGGGACGACUCGGACGAAUAUCGCAAAAAGCGUGACCGGAACAAUUUGGCUGUUAAACGGAGUCGUGUCAAGUCCAAGCAAAAAACCCAAGAGACCUUGAAUCGGGUCACGAAACUGCGGAACGAAAACACCGUUUUGGAGGAGAAGGUGAAAACGUUGACGAAGGAGUUGGGGUUUUUGAAGGAGUUGUUUAUCGCACAUGCUGCCAAUAAUGUGGAUAGUGGGAAGUUUGAAGGGGUUGAUUUGCAGCAGUUGUUGGGGGAGGACACGAGCACAAGCAAUAAGAGCGCGGAAUAGAGUUAUCUGAACUUUUUGGUUAUUUUUAAAAUAGAAAAACAAAAACAAUGCGGAAAAAUAGGACAUCAAGCAGGCUUGAACGUCAAAAUGGCAACUACAUCUUUGCUGUCCCAUUUUUAAUGCUACAUUUUUAAUACUUAGAUGUGACUAUAAGUUGUUAAAUUCUCCACAGUUUUGUGGAACUAUGUAUUACUUAUGUGAUCACUUUAUUUUAAUAAAAAACGUUUUUUUAAUA